UCAUAUCAGGUACCUUCAAAAUCUCAUUAUGGUCCACUCAGUUCAGACUUCUGAUAUAAUAAUAUAAUGUUUAUUUGUGGUCUUUAUCAGCCAGUAAUGCUCGUAUUGGUGAAUGUGAAAGUUUGAUAAAGAAGAUUAGUUAAUUAGUUACAUCGUAUAGUUCUUGGCCUUUUUUUAUCUGCAUUAGUUGGUGGAACUCUUUCGUGGAAGCUCUUAUGGCUUUUGGGAAGAUACUGGCUUGGUGGAGUCUUUCCCUGCACAACAUGAUUAGCAGAUCCAAGAACAGUCGUGUCUUCAACAAUCUUUGUGAGUAAUUAUGUAUUUUUGAAUCCUUCACAUAUUUGACAUGCUUGUGUUUUGGUUUAGACUUAUUGUUUUUUAUGAGCCGUUCAUAUAAGCUUUUCACUGGGUUUGUAUCUGAUUGGAUUCAGGCAUUGGUGGGUUUGGUACUGGUUUAGCGGCAAUGAUGUGUUCUUGGCUACGUUAUAUUUUUCUUACUGUUGUACACGGAAUUUGACAUCUAUUGGUGUUUGAUCUUGACAGAAAAAUCGAGAAAAUGUAGAAAUUCAGUUUGCAAAGUACAUAUAUCCUGCUUUUUGAUCAGGUAAGUGUUCCCAUCUUACAAAAAGUAAUCUGAUUCCAACAGUUGGGGUUUUUGAUUGAGUUUGUGAUUCAUAGAUUGCUAAUGCAACAAAAGUGAGCGAGAAGUAAAAAAAGCAUGUAAAAUAACAAGGCCAAUGAGAAAAUGUGUCUUCAUAUCAUCUCUCUUAGCAUGUGCUUUUAGGACAAUUUGUUCAACGAUCUUUAUCACUCUAUUAUCACUGGAGAAAGCUAAAGCGAGUGAAUUACUAUGCAUCUAAAGGUAAAAUAAAAUCACAAUUUUAUAUGUUUAAUUAUAUCUAUAUAUAUAUAUAUAUAUGAAAAUAAUCUGGAUUGUAAAAAUGACUUAGGGUUCAGUAUGUAUUCAAAUAUAUUUUCACUGAUAUUCCCUACUGCAGAUGAAGAUGUCAUCCAAUUUGGUAUCUCCUGCAGUAUCUUCAAAAGAAAUGACGGCAACUGAGGAUUCCCUCCCAAAACCUCAAACUUUGCUAUUGUGGCAAGUUCCUCAACUAUCAUGACCAGCUUGGUAUAACAUUUGCACGUAAGCCUUUUAUACAAUAAUGAUAUGGUCAUGGAACACCCUCACAUGAACCCUUGACGGUUCGGUUUAGUAACGAGUUAAAAGACCAAAUAAUAUAUCAAUCUCAUGUGAAUGCCAAUUCCUUUUCUCACAAAUGCAUUUAAACAUGUGAAUGUGAAUCUUAGUUGAUGUCUCAGGCAUAUAUAAUCAAGCUGUCAUGACCGUCAAAAAUUAUAGUCUAUAUCCUUAUUAAUACACAUAUAUUUUGCCAGCCAUAAAGUCUGGGUAAUGCGAUCAUGCAAAUAGUCACAAUUAUCAUAUUUCAAAACCAUGAAAGAAAAACACAGUCUAAAAGAGAGAUCACACCAACGCAGUUUGCAUAAUUGGUGAGGAUGUAUACGACAAGAAUAAAUGAAAAUUCACUAAGAGACUACCAUGUCUACUCUGUUUUGUUUUCAUGCAAUUUUAAUCAAGACCAGUAAAGAUAAACAUAGUUUUGAACAUGAAGAGUGGCAGAGAGGUUGAGACAUAAUUUUCAUUACGAGAAGAUGAAAUCAUAUACCGACCAAUAUUCACACUAAUAUUGACUUUUUAACAUGCUUUUGCAUACUCAUUUCAUAAUUAUAUGCACUUGCAAGGCAUCGCAAGUCUUAUAUCAUACUCUAAAUUUUGUGUAGUGUUUCCAAAUCUAUAGAGUGAUGGUCCGGUUUAUAUGAUUUAAAGACUAAUUUUCGGGUGGUGUUUUAAAAAACAAUUAUUGGAUUAGUUUGGUUUAUGUUUUAUUUUUAUUUAUAAUGUGUUUCCAUAAGCUGGUUUUGAGAAAAAUAGCUAGGUCUGGGCAUAUUUCCCGGAUCCGAAGAUCCGAACCGGUAAUUACCCGAAAAAUUGGGUUUCGGAUCGGAUUCGGAUAUAGGAAAAUACCCGGUCGGAUAAAGUUUAAAAUCUGGUCGGGUACCGGAUCGGAUACGGGUAUUAUCCGGGAUCCGUACGGGUAUCCGAAAGAUCCGAAUUAAACCUUAAUUAAGAUAACCCUAGUAAUCUAUUAUGCUUGUUUUCAUUUUAGAGAUUAAACUUUGAUUUGGUUAUAUUAAAAUGAUUAUGUUAUUUUAUUGUAUUGUAAUUUUAGUUAUCUUGUUUAUGUUUUUUCAGAUAUUUAGAAUAUCUUUGGUUCUUUUGGAUUAAAUUCGGUUCUAUCGGGUUAAAUAGUUUGGUAUAUUCAAAGAACCGGACCGAAUCCGUUAAUAUUUUGGUUACUACGGAUGUAACUGGAUCCGAAUCGGAUCCGACAGGUACUGAACCGUAUCCAAACCGUAAUUUUAAAUUAUCCGAACGGUACCAAUUUCUCUAAUUUCAAAAUAUCCGAAAUCCGAAAAAUCCGACCCGGAUUCGAACCGGUUAUCCGAAUGCCCAUACCUAAAAAUAGCAUUUUGUUGUUUGAUAUUUUUAUUCAGUUUAUUCUUUAUCAUAAAAUAGUUUGAUUUUUUAAACCAAUUUCAUUUUAAUCAGAAACCAUGUAAAGCAAUUUCAUUUCUCUUAAUUCCGUUGAUAUUUGAUCAAAAAAAAUUUCUUAACCUUUAGCUAAAAAAUUUAAUUUUUAGUCUCCUUGAUAAAAUAAUUUUGAGUAGUGUAUCAAAUCAAUAUUGUAUAGCCGUAAAUUGAUUAUACAAAUGAAAUUAUUUAUCAUUUGAAAUAAACAAUGCAAAAAGCUUGUAUAUAUGUCAGUUUGUAUUUUUUGUAGAGAUGGCAGAAAUUGAAAAUGUAAAAUCAAUAAUUCUAAAUACAUAAAAAAGUUUUAAAUUAAAUGUAGAUUUAACAAUUGUUUUAUAUGAAACAAAAGAUUUUAGCUGAAAUUUAAGAAUAUUGACUAUUCAUCACUUUCCGUUAAUUUUAGUAAUAAAUAAACAACAAAGAGUGGGGUAUUGAUUGGGUGUUCUGUAGUUUUUGUUUUUGUUUUUAGUUUAAAAAAUAAGCUGUGAAUUGUUUUGCUUCGGCUUUAAUUGUUUUGCUAUAUAUUUAUUUUCAAAGCACUAAAUAAAAUCUUUAGAAAAGUUGAUUUUGAAAACUAAUAUAUAUAUAUUUUUUAAAACUUUAUACUGUAUCUUUAAUUUUAAAAGCUAAAGUAUGAUUGUUUUUAAAGUUUUUUUAGAAAAAAACUGGAUGUCUAAAACAUUUACCACCAUUACCAAUCAACCCCUGAGUUUAUUCAUUUCAAAUUCGUUGAACAGCAUAAUAAAUUAAUUUUCGUAUUAGUACUUAUAUUUUUGGUAGUCAAGUUUGAAAUAAUAUAUAUACAUGCUUUUAUAAAAAAUAAACAAGCUAAAAUUAAUUAAAAAUAUAAGAAGAACUUUACCCGGGCGUAGCCCGGGCAAAGACCCUAGCAUAAGUAGAAGGCUGAAGACCGAAUAGGGUAUUCACAAACACUCUUUUUUCAUUUUUCAUUACAAGUAUAUUAUUUUCUCUGUUUACCUUGUUCUUGUAGGAAAAUCAUAUUUCAUAAGUUCUUAGCUAUUUUUUUUAAUUGUCUGUUAAUCUAUUUCAUAACAUCUUUAAAAUAAUUCACCAUUCAAUUUGUGCCAACGUCAUGUACGUUCCAAAUUCAUAUUAAACAAUUUUACAGGGACACAAUUUUUUUUUAUUUUUGAUUAACCUGGGGUAUCUUAAGUCCAUGGAGAGGUCCAAACUAAUUUCCAAAGGCGGUGUAGCUCACGGAUAGACUCUUUCUCCGGACAUUCAAAUAGGCCAUAAAGCAUAUACCUAUAUCCGUGUUACAUGACCAGGAUAAUUGUGACUUAGUUUCGCGUAACAGAUGGAUCGAAUCUAAAACGUGUUAGCGUCCCAGCCCUGCUCUUUACCACCCGGCCACAAUCACCCGGUCAAGGAAUACAAAUUUAUCUCAUGGUAAGUUUAUUAUAUUUUAGUUCUUCAAGGUACAUGCAGCUGAAUAUUUGUUCACAGACAUAGCCACAUAUAAAUAUUCACAUGACCUUUUUAUCAGUAAAACUAGAGCAUCCAGAUAUGGUCACGUUUAAAAAUAAAAGUUUAAGCUCUCAAAAAAAUGUUUUUUUUUUUGAAUAUAUAUUAAAAUAGGAACAUUGGUUCAAACAAAUGUCUUAUUUCAUAUUUUUAUUUAAAACUUAUUCUACUAAAUGUUUUUUAAUUUUUACAAUUUUAAUAAAGGCAAUAAUUUCAUUAUUUCUAACUCAAUUAUUUCAUUAUUUCUAACUAAUUUAUUCAUAAAUUCUAGUAAUAUCAUUUUAUUUUAUUUUAAACAUAAAUAUAAAUUUCCUUUUUCUGAUCAAAAGAAAAUCUAUAAGAAACCUUAGUAUUUUCGGAUUUAAGUACUAAAUUAAAAGUUUUAUUUAAAAAUAUUAUAUAUUUAAUUUUUGAUUAGUAAAAUAAAAUUUAUUUAAAUAAUUAUAUUAUAGGGCAUAAAGGAAAUGCCUUUUUGUUGAACAAUUAUUUAAUUAAAUUUUAGCAUCUGAAUAUUACUAUAAGUUAUAAGAAUUUACAGGUCGAGAAUGUUAUAUUUUUGAAAAUCAGCAAAUUUAGCUUUAAAAAUCUAAUUUUAUUUAAUUCUAAGUAAAUAAUAAAUUAUAUUGGUCUACAUAUAAAUAGCAACAAAAACAGAUUUCAUCAAAAUACAUUUUUUUGAAGAAUAGCUCUUUUAACGCAGAUAAAAAUCUAGUAAUACAAUAUAAGUAAAUUUGGAUUUUUACCUAAUUUGAAAAAAUCUAUAUUAUAAAGGUUGAGUUUUUACUCACUUCUCAGCGCGCCACGUCAGCAUUUUGUGGGCCCCACUUUUAAAAAAUGUGAAAAAUUGUCAAGUCCAUGGCUCGAAUUCGGGUUAUUGAGAUAUAAACACCAACAUUUAUACCACUAAGCUAAAUGAUACUUUAUACAUUGAUGGCCGAACCUAAUAUAUAUUUAUGAAGGCCAGAAGCUCUUGCUUCUUCAGCUUCCUCUGAGGGUCGGGCCUACAAUUCAUUUUUUAAUGGGAUUCAUCACGUUAUAUGAAAAAAGCUCAAGUUUGCAACAAUUAUAGUUUUCCUAUAUUGUAAACUAUUGUCGUUUAACAUGAGUUUGGGUUCUUUUCAUCAUUGUCUCAAAUAAGUCUAUGUUACAGAAUUGCGCCGUGUGUCUGUUCGUAAUCUAUUUUACCGGUGAACUCUUCAUGUCCACAUCUUAAAUCGCUUGAUCAUAAAUGUUCCUGAUUUGUAGCCUCUCUGUAAACCCUAUAUAUAUAAUUUUCAUCUCUGAUGAACCCAGUCUGCAUUUCCACAAAACUCAUCGAUUCCUCUUAGAUUUAACCAUCUUCUAGAAAAUGUUUCUCUCUACCUCUCCAGUUCGUCAAAUCGGCGUCCCGACGUCUGUCCCUCAACCUUCAAGUCUCUCCGUCUUCGUAGUAGUAGCCAGAGCAUAGCCUCUGGCUUCCUCGCUUCUGGAAUUCUCUGAACUUCAAGAAAGACAUGGAGUUUGUGGGAAUCACGGUUCUCUUCUUUGAUGAAAUGAUUCCGUGAUUCAUGGGUUUACUCCCGUCGGAUGUGCUAAUCAUUACAUGCCAUCUUUGAAAGCAGGUUCCAUUGUGAAAGUUGAUCGUUUUGAGGUUAUUAGGUGCUCGCAUGUACAAGUUAACUGAUCAUCCAUUCCUCCUUUGUUUUAUCUCACCAACCAUUAUUGAUGAAGUCAUCACGGGUGCUCCUGAGAUCAAUCUCCAGUCAAGAUUAGACUGUUCGACAAUCUCCAAAUGAUUGCGAACACAAACCUAGAACUCCCGGGUAUAUUAUAAUAUUGCAUUCGGGUUUAUAUUAUGUUUCGAUAUCAUAACUGAUAUUUAAACUCGCAGAUGUGGUUGGACAAAUCUGUUAUGUCCAGGGCUCUGACUUCACCAAAGAAACAAAUCGAGUCGUUAUCCGUCUCUUCAUUGAUCCGGGCCGCGUGAGACCGCGUACUUCAGUGUGAAUCAUAUGCAGACGUGGACCUUUUUUCUUUUUUCUCUUGUUGUUGGUUUUAUUCAUACUCAAACUUACACUUGUUUUCUAGAAUCUAGCAGUCACUGCCAUAUGACAAAAGUCGUAGUCUCCUUCAUAAAGAUUCGACUAAAGUAUUCCCAACCAUUUGAACUCGAACUUUAUAACCAAAAAAAAAAACAUUUAAUUAAUUAGUUACUAUGAUUCUUGUGCCAUGUAUAAAUAUUCAUCAUUUGUAGUAGUACAAUCCACUAGUCUACACCCCCUUAGUAUACUAACUUACAGUUUUCCUCAUGACGAUCUCAUCUCCCUCCAACUUUGGUAGUGUGUUCCUCAAUUAUCGAGGAGACCAGUUACGCUAUGGGUUCGUCAGUCACCUUAUAGACGCCUUUGAGAGAUACGGGAUCAUGUUCUUUAUAGAUAAACACGAGCAAAGGGGCAAAGAUUUGACAAACCUCUUUGUAAGGAUGAAAGAGUCUAAGAUCGCGCUGGUAAUCUUCUCUAGCAGGUACGCAGAGUCCAGCUGGUGCAUGGAUGAGCUUGUGAAUAUAAAGAAACGUGCAGAGAAAGGAAAGCUCGAAGUUAUUCCCAUUUUUUACAAGGUUAGGGCAAAAGAUGUGAGAGCACAAGCAGGCAAGUUUGGUGACAAAUUUUGGGCGCUAGCAAAGGUUUCUAGUGGAGAUCAGAUCAAGAAGUGGAAGGAUGCACUAGAAUGUAUCUCCAAUAAGAUGGGUUUGUCCUUGAGAGACAAAAGCAGUUCCGAAGCUGAUUUUAUCAAGGGGAUUGUUAAGGAAGUGGAAAGAGUUAGAACUGCCACUGUUCGCGGGGGUGCACAAAGUCAUCAUUGUAUCAAGUUUAUCCCGAAUAAAAGGAUAAAGAUUUCCAAAAAAUUUCCAGAAGAUGAGGCGAAAAGUGUUGAAAUUGCCCAUAUGAAUUUCUCUAACGCAACAGGGGAAGAGGAGCCAAGUCAAGAAGUUCUGGUACUUAAUCAUGAUUUUGUUAAAUAAUUCAUGUACAUAAACAAAGUACGAAGGGAUUAUUUCCCAUUUGAGACGUUAUAUAUUGCAUAAUUUUUUACAGACAUUAUUUACUUAGUUAACCAGGGGUCAUUAGCUCAGCUAAAAUGGAUUCGUCACCAUUAAUGUGUUAGAAGUUCUGGUUCGAGUGACCGUAUUAAAUAGUGUGGUUUUGGACUUGUUUGGAUUACGGAUUUUGGCCCUAAACUUCUUGGUAUUCAUUCAGUAAAAAAAUAUUUACUUCCUUAUUCUGUUUGAUUUUGUAAAUUUCGUAAGAAAUUAUAUUAGCUUUGCGUUAGCGCGGGUCAUUUAUUUAUUUUGUGUACAAGGCCAUUGGUGAGAGUAAUUUUGAUAAUUCUGCUAUAUCUAUAUUAUCAAAACUGAAAUACAAAUAGAACUAACCUUCUUUUUAACAAGUUAUUAUAUUAAUUAUUAUUCUAUUUUUCAUUCAGUUAAACAACUUCAUUAUAUUAUCUAUUAAUUAUAUUAUCUUACCGAGAGUUUCAUACGCUCAGAGAUUAUUCAUGUCUCAAGAACGCAAAAUACGAAGGCGGAUAGCCUAGCACGCAGUGUCAGGAUUCAGCUGUCUUUCGUCGUUCACAUGGAUUAAUAUCUCCCAGCUUGGUUUACAGGGUCAAUAUGUGUCUGUAAUGUUGUCGACAAAAAAAAAAUUAUAUUAUCUUACCAAUACAUCAUAUCAUUAAUUAUAAUAACAUAGUAAUAAAUAUUAACAUUAACUUUGUACCAAUUAUAAAAAUCAAAAUGUAAAAUAACUUGAUUUUGCAUAUGGUUAAAAUUUUGGUUUAGUCUGUUUUGCUAAAAAAAAAUUUAUCUUAGUUUUAAUCGGUGAAAAACUAUGUAGCCAAACACAUAAUUCAAAGAUAUAAUUUAUGUGAGCAAAAUAAUAAAUUAUAUCAAAACAAUAAAAACGAUUGUCACUUAAUUUUUCAACCAUAUAACUAUUUUACUAAAUAAUAAAAAAAAACUCUUUCUAUUUUUAUUUGUUUAUAGAAUCCGUUAGGCAUAGACAUUCGGUAACUAUUCAUGUAAGAGUUGUUUAUUUCAGGUAUCAGAUUUUUUUGGGUUUUGAAAUAAGACACAUUUGAAUAUUAUAACACUAGUAAAAAUCUACUGCAUAGCCACGGCAGUGCCACUACAAAACCGUGGCUGUAUAAAAAAAGCCACGACCACACCACGUUACAGCCACGAAAGAAACAUAGCGACGGAAAACGCGAAAUUUGGCCACGAACUGGUCACGAUAUUAUUUUUGUGGCUAGAAAAGCCACGGUAUAGCAACAAAAAUUUUCGUGGCCGAGCCAUAGCCACGAAUUUACCACUAUAUUUUUCGUGGCUACAUUUUGUUUUUUUUCUGCCGACAUCAAAAAGCGAAUAAAUGUACGAAGCCACACUUUAAUCAUGGCUAAACCGUGGCUAAAAUUAGCUUUUACAGUUCGUAGCAGAGAAAGGUUCGUGUGUGAUAUUUUUAACUAGCCACGAAGAUUGCGUGGCUAUAGCGUGGCUAUUUGGUAAAAUAUAUACACUUCCCGUGAGACAUUAGUAACUUUUGUUCUUCAACCAAAUUUUCUUAACAAAACUAUGUCUUUCUACUAUGAUUCAAGGGAAUGGAUGAAUCAAAGGAUUGAUCGUGAGAGUAAUUCUGUUUCAGAAGUGUUUCUUGGAGGCAUUAACGCAUUUUUUCAAUUUGCGUGUAAUCAAGCGGAUUACGUAGAGCGGCAAACGUUAUUGUGUAUGUGUGCUCGAUGCAAAAAUGUGAAGCAACGAGAUGCAAAAGUUGUCACAAGACAUCUAUCUUAUACGGUUUUAAGGGAAAUUACUACGUUUGGAUGAGUCAUGGAGAAAAAUUCUACACCGUUGGUGAGAGUUCUAGAGCGAAUCAUUCAACGGGCAAAGAGGAAAUGUGGGAGAAUCCUACUUGGAAUGCUCAUGAAAAUCACUACCAGAGUAAUGCGGAAGUACCAGCGGAACCUAUAGAAGAGACGGAGGUAGCAGAGCCAUAUCGUGAUAGUGUUUUUGAAGCAUUUGAAGCAGCCAGUCAACCUCUCUACGAAGGGUGUGCAGACGGAAUAACUCAGUUGUCUCUUGCUUCGCGGAUGAUGAAAGUGAAGACGGAUUAUAAUUUGGCGGAAGCUUAUAUAGAUGAGAUUUCUGAAGUUUUU